GUGUUGAUGACGUACCGUGUUCCAACCAGCCAAACAAAUUUGCGGGAAUCCUGCGUCGCUGUAAACAUGGCGGAGAAAGAACAGCGAGUGGAAUUUAAAAAGGAGACCGUGAGCAAGCUCCUGUCAGGUCACUUCAAGGAAGAUAAAACCAGACUCAGUAGUGACGCAACCAUACUGAUGUCCGAGAUGCUGAGGGUGCUGGUUCAAGAGGCGGCAUUGAGGUCACUGAAGCAAGCUGAAUCUGAGGAUUGUGAUCAAGUGCACAUAGAGCACUUUGAGAAGAUCCUUCCUCAACUGUUGCUGGAUUUCUAACCCCGGUUUUACCACAAGAUGGCGCCAGACCGCCGCGCACAAAAAGCGGUUCUACUCUGCUCGUUCUCGCUUUCUGCCGAGAGGAUCUCUAGUACCAUAAAGGACUCAAAUUAAGAAUCAUUAUCAACGUUUCAUGAUGAAGAUGAAGACAGUUUUGUUUAUUUUAGAAAGAGUAUGUUUUUUUUAAGUCCCGUUAUUAACAGCAGCAAAAGUGAGAGUGAGUGCCCACCUGUGCUAACUCAGCGCAACAGCAGGUGCUUACGGGCCGGCCUUCAUCAAAGCCUCCCGGAGCAGUUGGGAGCAAUUAGCGUAAUAAGGGGCGCAGCCAGUCCCUUAGAUGAUGACAAGUGGCAGGGAAAAAAAAAUACAUGUACCCCCCUCUGGCCACUUUGAAGUUCCCUUUUGCUGUCCUGCGAUGUUUGGUUAGAGGUUGGGAGGGGAGGGUGGUGUAGGGGGCUGGUGGUGGUAAUGGUGGGGGUGGAGGGGCUACUGGAGACCUCUGGCGCAGGGGAAAGUUGAACGGCGGCGUUGGUUCAGUGAAUGGCUGCGCUUGUCUUGGACCACACGCAUAGAUUAACCCCCUGCGCUUGAAAGCAAGCAUAAAACACAUUGGAACGCGGCCCAAAGAUGAGUAUAGUGUGUGGUUCUCCAGGUAAAUAAACGCAAGGAGCGGUGUGUGUGUGUGUGUGUGUGUGUGUGUGUGUGUGUGUGUGUGUGUGUGUGUGUGUGUGUGUGUGUGUGUGUGUGUGUGUGUGUGUGUGUGUGUGUGUGUGUGUGUGUGUGUGCUGAUGGUCAGCAUAGCUGCGCGACACCUCACCGCGUGUUUAGCUGUGUGGCCCUCGGUGACUCACUGCACUUCCUUCGACUCACUGGCGCUCACUGACAGCUGGAACCCACAGAAGUAGUAAGCGUCAGGGUGCUAGUGCGGCGGGUAUGCACCCAGCAUGGGGUUCUGAUGGAGGACCGGGUCUGUGGUCGGCACUCACUGAUGGGUAUGAUGAGGACAAGAAAUAAAAAAAAGUUUGGAUAUCUGUGGCGUGUUUUUUGGACUUUAAACACAUUUUAGGUUUCACUUUAUUGUUAAAGUAGAAAAAGCUGUCCUUGAGAUUUUAUAUAUAAAAUGUUUGAUUUGCAUCUGUCUACUCAUAGGCCACAUACACACAUACAAUCACUCACACACUCACAGUCGCACACUAAAAAAGAAUGGGUUUGUGGGAUUUGGCCCCGGACACUUUCCACAAGACGUUUAGAUGGUAUGAGGUAGUCCACUACUGUACCGCUUUCCUUCUAAUGCAUCUGAGUGGAACAAAUUACAUCUGAAGGCUGGAUUAUUAAACAUACGCAAGCAGUUAAGACUAAAAAGAAAAGCAUUGGGGAACGUGGAGGACCGUAAUGAGUUCAAGCUUUUCCUGAUCACACUUUAAAGGCUGGGAGUGUCAGCAGCCUGAGCAGAAGCUCUGGAGAAGCUCUCUUCCAGCUUGCUGACUGUUCCGGCUCGCAGACUCUUCCAGCGCUCUGCUCUUCCAGCGUUCCGUCUUUUCUAGCUUGCUGGCGGUUCUCGCUUGCUUACUGUUCCGACUUGCAGAUUCUUCUAUUGUCUGCUGUUCCAGCUUGCUGACUGUUUCAGUUAUGGCUUCUGGGUGUUCCAGCUUGCUGACUGUUCAGACUUGCAGACUUUUUCAUCGUUCUGCUCUGCCAGCUUGCUGACUGUUCCGGCUCACAGACUCUUCCAGUGUUCUGUUGUUCCAGCAUGCUGACGGUUGCAGCGUUCUGUCAUUUUUUAGCCUGCUGACUGUUCCAACAUGCUCAACGUUCAAUCUGCUGAUUUCUAGUUGGCUGACUGU